UUUUUUUUUUUUUUUCUUUCUUACCACAACUUUCAUUUUCCUCUUCUUCCACCCCUCUCUUUCCUUUUCUUUUUCUCUAUUUAUUUAUUUAUUCAUUACCAUGCUUUUGUGUAGACGUACUUUUAAUAAACCAUUGACCUCUUGUGUAAGAUCUAUAGGUGUUCGUCAUUAUGGUGUUCCUCCUUCUACUUAUUCUGAUCCUCGUUUAGAUAAAACUGUUCAAGUCACUGGUUCCAAAGGUGUUUCUUUACUUCAUGAUCCUUUGUUAAGUAAAGGUACUGCGUUUAGUAUUGCUGAACGUGAACGACUUUCUAUCCGUGGUCUUGUUCCUCCUCGAUGUCAAGAAAUGGAUAAACAAUUAUUACGUGUGAAACGAAAUUUGGAUGAUUGCCGUACUCCUUUGGCCAAGUUUGUUUUUUUAUCUGCUCUUCAAGAUCGUAAUGAAACAUUGUUUUAUAAACUUUUGAUUAAUCAUUUAGAAGAAUUGGCUGGAAUCAUUUAUACUCCCACUGUUGGUUUGGCAUGCUUACGGUCACAUUCUAUUUAUCGAAGAUCUCGUGGUAUGUAUUUCUCUACUCAAGAUCGUGGUGCUAUGUCUGCUAUGGUAUAUAAUUGGCCUCAUGAUGAAGUUGACGUGAUUGUUGUUACUGAUGGUUCAAGAGUGCUUGGUUUGGGUGAUUUGGGAGCAAAUGGCAUGCAAAUCCCUAUUGGCAAACUCAGUUUGUAUGUUGCUGCUGGUGGUAUUCGUCCUAGAGCUGUCUUGCCUGUAGUUUUAGAUGUUGGUACCAAUAAUGAAAGUUUAUUGAAUGAUCCUUUGUAUCUUGGUAUGGGUCAUCCUCGUAUUGAAGGUGAAGAAUAUUAUAGUUUUGUGGAUGAAUGGGUUACUGCUGUCAAGAGUCGCUGGCCAAAUGCUUUGAUUCAAUUUGAAGAUUUCAAAUAUCCCCAUGCUUAUAAUCUAUUGAACAAAUAUCGCAACAAGGUGACAUGCUUCAAUGAUGAUAUUCAAUCAACUUCAUCUAUUACUUUGGCUGGUAUCCUCGCUGGAUUAAAAGCUCGUGGUCGUAAACAAGAAGAUUUACAUCAAGAACGUAUCAUUUGUGUUGGUGCUGGAUCUGCUGGUGUGGGUGUAUGUGAAGGAAUCAUUGAUUGUAUGGUAGCUCAAGGUCGCGUACGCAGUCGAGAUGAAGCUUAUAGUCGUAUUUGGAUGAUGGAUCAACAUGGUUUAUUAGGAAAUCCUGCUCUCUCUUCUGAAGGAGGUUCAGUAAGCAAGGGUGAACGGUCACAACUAGAUGAACGUCAACAAUGUUAUGUUAAGGCUGAUUUACCUGAUCGUUUAACUUUGGAAGAAGUGGUGGAACGUGUCAAACCAACUACUAUUUUAGGAUUAACUGGUAUUCGUGGUGUAUUUUCUGAAAAGGCGAUCCGUACCAUGGCAAAGUAUGAAGAAAAACCUAUUGUGUUCCCUCUCAGUAAUCCUGAUACUCAUGCAGAAUGUACUGCCGAAGAAGCCUUCACUUGGACGGAUGGUCGUGCUAUCUUUGCUUCUGGAAGUCCUUUUGCUGAUGUCACUUUACCCAAUGGUCGUGUUGGUCGUACUAAUCAAUGCAACAACUCUUAUAGUUUCCCUGGUCUUGGAUUGGGUAUCACAGUAUCAAGAGCUAAUCAAGUAACACCUACUAUGUUUUUGGAAACUGCUCGUGUGAUUGCUGAUAUGGCUACUCCUGCUCAAUUGAAACAAGGUACUUUAUUCCCUGGUGUGGCUAACCUUCGUGAUGUUGCUUUAGCUGUGGGUACUCGGGUAUGUGAAGUAGCAUAUGAAGAAGGUGUAGCAACUGCUAAACUUAAGGAAGGUGAAAUGCUCAGUGAAGUGGUCAAGAAUUCCAUGUUCCAACCUGAAUAUGUACCUUUGGUUCAUCAUACUCCUUAUUAGAUUAUUAUUUUAUUAUCAUCAUUUACUAUUUUAGAUAGAAACCCUUCUUUUUCAUUUUUUUUUAUUUUUUUUAUAUAUUAUUUUUAUUUUAUUUGUUUCAAUCAUUCAAUAAACUUUUAUCAUAAAUCAUCCA